CAAAAAAGGGAUUUAAAAAGGCGUGAGAUUUGCGGCAGACUGCUGGACCACUGCCAGCGGACUGAAAUCUUAAUUAGCCAUUUAAUGGCAGUUGGCAGACAACAAAAGCUGGUGUUGUUUUCCCGGAAGCAUCAGCAGCAGCAGCAGCAAAAUAAGGAACUGUAGCACGACCGAAAGCCGAUCAGCAGACCAUACAGCUUUGAGUGUUUUAUGGUCCCGAAGUGGCAUCCCAAGUCCUAACAACUAACUAACAAGAACAGCAUCGGCUUAGGGCGGCAGGAAGUAUCAACACGAGCCAGGGAAACAAAGCAAUCUAUAAAGAUGGCCGGCGGGGGCAGGACAGCCGGCAAAUACGGUUAUUCGGACAACAAUUAUUACAGUGGUCACUCGUACAAGAGCAUCAACGAUGAGAUUAUACUGGUCAGCAUCAUAAUGGGGAUUACCAUACUGGUGCUCAUCACCAUCGCCCUGUGCUACAUUGCGUACGAGAAGUGCCAGAAGAAGCGGGAGUAUUAUAUCAACGCCUAAGGGGCUCGGGUUGUCCAUUUGCCCCCGGAAUCCCAAAGAACGCGGCUUCCUUUCUCUUUGUGACCUGUAUUUGCUCUCCUUUGCAGCGGUGGCAGUGCAAGGCUAAAUGUCAACACGGUCUGCGACAAUGUUGACGUUGACGAUUUAGUUGGCCAACAAAAAUAACCCAGAGUGGCUGCAGCCGAGCUCCCGCUUGCUGCCCACCACCCAAAAUCCCCGCCAGACACGUACACAAAUCGGAAAGCAGUGGAAUUUGUGCUGCUUAAACGUUCUCCGGCAUCGCUGUUGGUUUUUUGCCACAGUUGCAGUUUUUCUCAAGUGCCAGGAAGCAUGGCUCUAUUGUUUGCCCACUGUGCACAGUGGGUUGCGCCUGGCACUUGACAUUUGUUCGGCCAAUUAGGCGUUUGUAUUCCGCCAUUUCGUAUUUUCCUUGGACCUGGUCGUUAGGAAAAUAAUCAACACAAGGGACAUGUAAGCGUUUGGCUUCCAAAUUCCCUUUAAAUUCUCUACCAUUUUGCGCUGCCCCAGACAAUUGCGACUUUUUAAGAGUUUCAUAAAUUCGUGUUUUUAUACCACGCCCGGGCAUUUCAAUUUAAAAUGCAAUUCGCUCGAAUUCCACCAUGCAGCAACCUUUUGUUUGUCAAACCGAGGAGGAAUAAUAAAAAAGAGCCAACCGAAACCUCACACCAGGGCAUAAUGGCAGCAAAAGAAAUAUAAGCGAUACUUUUGCAAGUGCGCUGUGUCGAUAUUGUUGCCCCAAACUGAAUGUUGGAGACAUUGUGCAUAUGCACACGGAGAGAAAAUGUUGUAGCCAGUGGAAGAAUUAGUUAAAAAUAAGAGUGCUUUUUCAGAAAAGAUGUUUUUAAUUUUUAAAUUUUUUUUUUUUUUAUUUAAUGCACCAAAGCAAAUAGCUUUUGCUAUAUAUAACUGCUAAAUAUUUUAAAACAUUUUUAGCAAUAUAACUAUUUGUAAAAAGGAAAACUUAAAAACGAAAUAAGAUGGAUUCUUAAAAUAUUACACCCAAGAAAGACCACAACACUUAUAGAUAAAUUCAUUGAUGAAAAAUACUUCAAUUAAACCAAAAUAAUCAAGACCUUAAACGGAGUUUCCCAUCAUUUCAAUAAAUUUAAAACAAAUUCCUUAAGUGAAAGCAGUAACAGAAAUUCUGAGAAUAUUAAUGGAAAUUUAAUUACAAAAAAUAUAUUUUUAAGUAUUAAGUUUAACCUGAUAACCUCAAUAUUUUAAAAUACUAAUAACUGUAAUUUCUUUUUUUAAACGCCACGAAGAUGUAUGAGCAACUUUAGCUUCUCUGUGGUUUUACACACGUACUCCGAUUCCGAAUAUUUAAGUUUUUCAAGUGCUAUUAGGAUGUGUAACCGACUUUAUUCUCUGUGUGGUCUUACACACAUAUUCCAAUUUCGAAUAUUGACAGCGCGGGAGCAUUUAACCUACCAAUGGGGCAGAGGGACAGAGGAGACAUUUCCAGCUAGUGAGUGACUUUUCUUAUAUCCCUUUUUGGUGGCCUUUUUGUCUGCUUUUCUGGGAUUCUUUUCCUCUUUUUGGAUGGGGGUUCAAGACCGUAGCUCGAGGCUGUAAUAAUAAAAACAGUAACGGAAACUGGGUGCAGUGCCCACGGACAAAGCGAGGAGGAACAAUAAAGGAAAUCGCCUGCGAUUCCGUGGUAGCAAAGCGAUUCCGAGUCCCAGAUAAAGGGCAGAAAGAGUUGGCAUUAAAUUAGGCCAAAAUGGACCACAUUUAAAGAUCCUUUUCGGCCAAACUAGGGGGUGGGCAUAAAUUAAAGCUCAUGUCGUCGUCCGGAAGGCCCCACAAAAAUAUCUAUUCCGACUCGCAUCCCCAAAAAAAUACAAAAUAAACCAACACACAUCCGCCUUUUGGCCAUGUGUCGGGAACUCAAUGUUAAUCAGCUUAGACAACCUCCGUCAUCGGUUCCGAGGCAUUUUGUUGUUUUUCCUGCUUUUUUAGGCACAUCAAGAGGCCUAAGAGCAAACAAAUAACUCGAUUUUCGGGGUAUGGGGUAUGGGGCCUUAUCCCCGGAAAGUGCUUUUAAAAAUUAAACAACUGAUAAAUGACAAAGUUCGUUGGACCAGAAAUUAUCGUUUGACAAAUUGGCAGGCCAUGAUGAGAGCUCAUCAAUUGCCUGGCAACCACGUGGAGGCCGAAUCCUCCCAGAUCCUGCGGCUACAGGGCACUUAGGGCAAAGCCAGACGAAUUACUUAUGACCAAAUGGGUCUAUUGACAUGGAAAAUUAACUCGGAGGAGGUUUCACGCUGAAGGUUUUAUGAUGAAGAACGCUUAAAGUCUGGAAAAUGUAUUUUUAUUAGAGAGGUACUCAUACGUCUGGCAGUUUGCUCCUGUCAUAUAGUUUUACGGCUUUUCUGUGCAUAUUAAGUUCUUAACCCUGAAAGGUUUUAGUACUACGAGUUUUCAACGUUGUUCUAGAAGAUUUUCUUAAAGUUUUUAUUGACCCUAUCAAGCUGUUUAAGUUGCACAUGUAUUAUUCAUAGAGCAAAUUUUUUAACCCUUUGAAUGGAUCCCUGCUUUUCACAACACAAAACUUUGACCACAAACUGAACACAAAAGUUAACUUGACACUCAACCACCGAAAUGUAGUUUAAUAGUGCAUCAUCAACAAUAGCCAUGGAGCGGAAUAUGGAAAAGGGAGGAAACUUUACUAAUUAUCCGUUAAGCAAGAAAAAUCCCAGCAUAAAAACCCAGACACGCUCAAAGAGCAACAAUAAAUUUUACGACGACCAUAAUAAAAAAGAAAAGAUUGCAAGAACACGCGGAGCACAAAUUUUAGCACUUGUCUCGUGUGCCAGAGUUGGGAAAAAAUUGGAUUUUCGGGGGGCAAGGGUUAGGGCUCGCAACCUAAAAUGCAUCUUUAUCCUGAAUCCUUUGAGGGAAACACACUUUCGCUGCGUGCGAAGAGAAUGACUCGUUGCUUUUUAAGCGGACCCAGAUACACAGCCACCCAAAAAAGGACCUCCCAUAGCACACGUAGUCAACUUUACGUCCAGUUUUAUAGUUUUUUUAUGUAUGGCUGUCUCACUAAUUGCCACAUGACUUGGCCAAAGAUGAAAGGACGCUCCAGGACGAAACGAAAUUAAUGAAAUUACUUUAGUGUCGCUGGACGGGACGUAUUGUGUAUUGUAUAUGCAUUUAUCCAAUUGCACUUCGGGCGUAGCAUAUAGAUAUCUAUGUAACCAAGAUAGAUGUGACCACUUAUACCUAGUAAACUAUUGAAUUUGUAGCUAAUGCGAGGGCAGUGCAUCCUUUUUUGUCAUGAAAAGGGGGACCAAACGUACAAUGAAACAAAGAAUUCAAUACGAAAAAAACGUGUACUUUAUUUUAACUAAUUAAAUCUAACUAAGUGAGAUCUAUAAAUGUUAAUAUAGUAGUGUGAAAAUUGUUAAAACUAUAUACGAUAUACUUUAUGUACAACAAUACAAUAAAGGAGUGUUUAUGCAUGUUAUAGAACUCAAACUGGGAUUUUAUUCGAGCAUCUGAAAUAAUAAUGUUAUCUUGAAUAUUAGCAAAUAA